CAAGCCUCAGUCUCACUCUCACUGUCUGCGAGUGUUCUCGUUCAGGAGUUUUUGUGAAAAAAUUCGCCAUAGACUCGAAAAAUUUUGUUGCAUACCUCGCCUGCAAUUGGUGUGAUACUUAUGGGGAAGAAGGUGAUACGUUAUGGUGGCCAAUUCAACAAAAAGUGACACCGGAGGUGAAAGAUUAACUGCCGAACGCAGGUCCGGGUUGUGUAAGCGAUGAUGGCAGUAUGGCGGCGAUGGUGGUGCUGGUGGAGUGUGUGGGCCUUGGCGGCGGCUGUGGUGCCAGAGAGUGAUGACAGUGGGUACAACAGGCGAGAAUCAGGAUGGUCGACAAGCAACAUGGGAGGACCAUACUGUCCUGACGGCUGCUCUUGCAUAAUGCCGCGUCAAGUAGAGUGCAUUGCCACUUCCAGGGAGAUGUACCCUCCUCAACCUCCCAACAACACCACCACACUCACCCUAGAAGGCUAUUUCACCGUGCCCAAACACCUGCUCGCCAAACUUCAUGCUCUUCGUCACCUGAAGAUCAGUGGCAGUCAACUAGACAACCUGAAUAUCUUGCCUCACCUGCCUCAGCUAGAACAACUGGAUGUUAGAGGCAAUCUCAUACAGUCCCUAGGCAAUGGACACCUCCAGUUAAACACUCCCAGUCUUACUCACCUUGAUGUAGGUUACAAUAGCCUCACAAUGCUCAAUAAUUCUGACCUGGAGGGCCUUGGUCACUUACAACUAUUAGCUCUUAAUAACAAUCCACUUGUUCAUAUGGACGCUGACACUCUGCAAGGCCUAACGUCGUUGAAGUACUUAGAUGUUUCACAAACAAGAUUAUCUACAAUACAUCAUCAAUGGAUGGACGAUGCCAAGAAACUCAGUUUCUUAAAUAUAAGUGCCGCGAAUUUGCUUCAAGUUCCACGCCUACAUGGGGACAACCUGCGAGUGUUUGAUGCAUCACACAACUCAUUCCAACAUUUACCAGAUGGCAUGGUGUCGGAUGCACUGUGCAUCGAAAAUGUCAUUCUUCACCAUAACCCUAUCGGGCAUAUCGGAUCUUCAGUGUUUACUGGAGCCAGAUGUGUACGACAACUAGACCUCAGUUAUACCCAUAUUGUAAAUAUAAAUGAAUUUGUUUUCUCUGAGAUACCACUGUUACAGCAACUGCACCUUCAGUAUAAUGAAAGAUUAGUGCGGGUGGAACAUGGAACUUUCACAGGUCUCCACAACCUCCAACUCCUCGAUUUAGCCCAUACCUCAAAUUUGAUGGAAAUUGAAGAAGUGGCAUUUGAGGGACUUCCCAAACUCCAGUCUUUGAAUCUUCAAAACUCGGGUCUUACGGUGCUACCACUGUCCCUAAAUAAAUUGGUUAAGCAUAAUACAUCAGUCUUUCUUGCAGGAACAGCACUUCACUGUGACUGCUUUCAAUCUUGGCUUCCUGAAUUGCUCACAUUAGCAGACAUAUCAACAUGGAACGGUGUUGACCCUGUGAAAUGUCUAGAUGGUCAUUUUCGGAGUGUGGCCCAACUUAGCAGUCACGUAAACUCGUUGGGCUGUGAGGCACCUGAAGCCAUCACUCCUUCAGGGAACUGGGUGGUGGUCCAGGGGAGGCAAAGUGCUUUACUGGAAUGCAACAUAACAGCUCACCCACCCCAUAAUGUAUUGUGGAUCUCGGCCAAACAUGAAGUCUUCCGACACAAUAGUAGCAAAGGCACCGACGAAUGGAUAAGUCACCAUUUACGAGAAAUUGAGGAUGCAGCCACCAACAAUCCUCAGUUUGAAGUCCUGGAUUCUGGUCACUUACUAAUUCGUGAGGUGAUACGAUCUGAUGUAGGAUGGUAUAAAUGCUUUGCCUACAACAGUGUGGGCAACACAUCAGUGAGGGUAUUCCUCAGUAUCAGUGACAGUCAACUCCGUAACUUAUAUGUGGAAAGCCUCCUCUUUGGCUUAGCUUGUGCAGCCCUCUUCCUCCUGGUCACUCUCAUUGUUCAACUAGUAAACUACCUCAUGGACAGGCUGGGCUGGGAAUGUUGCUGUUGCAAAGAUCGAGUAUCGCCUAAGGCUCGUCAGAUUAGGAAAUUACUAGAGAGUGUUGAGUCUUACAAGUCACAACAACUUGACAGACUCAAAGACAACUACAACUGUCAGGUGGUGAGCAUCAAGGAAAGCUGCUAUCAGCAGAUGGAGCGUAUUAGGGAGAGCUACAGCUAUCAGGGCAAGAAUCUUAAGGACCUACGAGACUACAGUACACAGGGUCUUACAUCGCUCAGAGACCAGUAUCUUGAUCAGGUCAACAAGGUUCGAGACUACUCAGUAUCACAGAUGAAUAGAGUGAGAGAGAACUACGUGUUCCAGCGUCAUCGCAUUCGCAAGUUUAGUGCACAUCAGCUAUUGAGGCUCCGAGAAACAUAUAAAUACCAACAAAAGACACUUAACAAAGUUUUGGAAAAUCUGCCAGACCUUUAUCUGCAAAACUGUAGAACAGGAGGGUGUCAGCGCUCCGAUUCCAUUCUGUUUGAAGAUGCUCUCAAUGGUAUAGAUGUAUAUUACAAAGUGGACUUCUUUGAUACUCAAAGUCACAACUCGGAUUAUUUCACACCAGCAAGCACGCUUACACGUUCAUUCCGAUCCUCAAGAGGCCAGGACCCAACUAAGCAACAUUCCCGAACUUCUUCAAACGCUUCAAGUGAUUUUGUUGAAGCUCAACCAUGGAUAAGGCGUGAAUCCGGUGCUGUAGGUAGCAACAGCCCAUCUCGAAAUUUCCCACCUCACUCAAGAUGUCAUAAUCGUAGCUUGAGUGUGACUGGCCCUAUGUCUUGUGUAUCAGAUCCUGUGAGGGUACACAAGCGUAGUUUAAGUGCCAGCCAUCCAACCCACAAGGUAGCCCCAGCACCAGAGAUGAGAGGUAUUCCAGCAAGAAUUACCCUACGAGAAGAAACCAGUGAUUAUAGUCUAAGAACCCCCUUAAGCUCACCUAUCUCUGUUCCAGGUACUCCCAAUCUUAAUAACAGGUUAAAAUUAUAUGAAAAUCCAAAGACUCCCUCUGAUCAAGAUGAUGAUCAGUGUAUGAAUGACCACAAAGAACAAAGCUCACCAAGUACAGCUGAAGAGAACUCUAGCAACGAUGAAAAAGCUUCAUCUAGCAACAAUAGUGAAAGUGUAGAUUCCAAAAUUGCUAAUGAUAAUGAAAAUACAGUGCACACCGAGGAUGACACUCUUCUAACCACAGUGACAGAUGACUCGGGCAGUAAUUCAUCAGCAUAUGAAACAUCCCUUUAGCCUAAGUGUGGUUCCGUGUUAACUCAACUGUGGUGCAAAUAACCUAUUAGGUGUCUGGUUACCUUUCUAGUGAGGCAUUAGUGGAGGGGUUUUCCCCUGAGUGUUUUUUUUUUCCCUGAGGGGAAGGUAGAGGCUCAGGUGGUAUUUAAUGGUAUUCAUUUGCACUGAUAGUCUUACCAUAGCCAUAAAUUGCAUUCAGUAUACAGUAAAUGUUUCAGUAAUAAUGGGAAAGCUUGUACAGUAUUUAGCUUUGUAUAAUUUAUUAUUAUAAAAACUAGGGGGCCAAAACCUCCUCUUGGAUAACCCUCUGUGGGCAAAUCUUUCACAAGCUGUAUUAAUAUUGUGAUAUUCAUUGGUCUGCAGUAAGUGAUCUAUAAGUGAUCUAAUUGCUUUACUGGCCUAUCCCACAUUUAGCCAUUAAAAUUAUCAGGUCUGAGACAAAGAAGUGAGACCACUUGUGCCAACGUUUGUUUGUAAUUAGAAGAGUGCAUAGGAUGAGGUUUCUGGACACUAGAGAGAGACAUGUAUUAACUUCCUCUCUCUGACAGCCAUUUCCCGCCCAUGCAGAUAUCUAAUUGCUAUUCUAACGUGUCAUCCUUAAAUGUCAUCAUUCAUAUAUUUUCAGGUUAGUGCCAUAAGCAAAGGAACCAAUAACCAUCACAUGUUAUUUUUAGGGUUGUUGUUUGCAUAGUUAAAGAAUAUAAGUUCAAGUAGAAAA